AUGGCUGGUGACGGAGAGCUGCUCAAGUUGAAGUCGUCGCAGGGCGAGGUCUUCGAGGUGGAGCCGGAGGUCGCCUGCAUGUCGACGCUGAUCAAGAACAUGGUUGACGACAGCGGUACCGACGAGGAGAUUCCGCUGCCGAACGUGAAGACGGCGAUCCUGAGCAAGGUCCUGGACUAUUGCAAGUACCACAAGGACAACGCGCCAGAGGAGAUACAGAAGCCGCUGAAGAGCACCAACCUCAUCGAGUGCGGCGUCUCGGAGUGGGACAGCGAGUACGUCAACAUCGAGCAGGAGGUGCUCUUCGAGCUCAUCCUAGCGGCGAACUACCUCGACAUCAAGAGCUUGCUGGACCUCACCUGCGCGAAGGUAGCCUCCAUGAUCAAGGGCAAGAACACGGAGGAGAUCCGCAAGCAGUUCAACAUCGUGAACGACUUCACCCCGGAGGAGGAGGCGCAAGUGCGCGAGGAAAACCGCUGGUGCGAAGACGCCUGA